GGGGAGGAGGAAUUUUAUUUUCAUUCCUGAAGAGGCUUCGGCAAGAGAGGGAGUGACGGCUUGGAAGGACAAGGUGGUGUGGCAGGGAGGGAGAACAUGGAGAAAGACCCAAGUACAUCCUCGGUGGCGAGGCAAUCCUAUGCGGCAACUCUAAAGACGGGACAUGCUUCGAGGGUUCAGAGUGUGGGGGGUCUGUCAAUCACGCCUCAAGAACAGCUUGUCGAGAUGCACAAUUCUCUAAAGGAGAUGGAAACCCAACUUGUCGAGUUGAAGACAGCGAUAACUUUCUUGUCUACGAAAAUAGAUCGGCUUUCAGCUGGAGGCAACAGGGUGGUAAGAAACAUGAUAGGCCCGAAUCCUUUAAACUUAGAAAAAGGAAAACGGAAGAUCGGAUUCGGUCCUGUCCCUAUAACCAGAUCCAGGAGAGUAUGGCAAGUCAAAAGGAAAUCUGGGUUAUUUGAAAUGGGGUCUACAUCUGGUAUUGGCGUAGAGACAUCAGUAAUGGAAUGUCAUUCGCCUCGUGUAACACAGGAUAGAUCGAUAGUCGGUAUUACACCCUUGGUCCUUGAAGAAACUAUGGCUCCCUCGUCAGAGUUAAAGGAAAAAGGUGUACUGCCAAGGUCUAAAGGAGAUGUAGGAUCCGCUAUCACCCCAGAGGUAAAGGGACUUGUUAUCACCCCAGAAUCUCCAAUGGGGACCCCGAUACCAUUGGAGAGAACCAAUGGAGUUACUGGAGAACCAAUGGGUUUGGCGUUGGUGCCUUGUGUAGAGGAAUGUCUAGAGUCGGGAGUGCAGGUUGAUGGGGAUAUUGUGGCUCCCCUAGUCUCUCUUCCUCCAAUAGCGGAUUGGAUUCUGCCUAAAGUUAACGAGAUUCAGCAGUUUGUGAAAAUUUCACAUGGAGGAUGUGAAGACCAAUUUAACGAACUAAUUACUGCGAUCGAGGCAAGCUGCACACUUGAAACCAAAUCAAACUUCAAGAAAAGCAGGGAGUUAUAGCGUCUCUUUUCGACAAUCAACUACGACGCUAAGAGUGGUAGUUCAACUAGAGGGAAGUCUAAAGGGAGGGUAUUGUGAAUACGAGAAUCAAGGUGUUGGGGUUGGUGUUCGGGUAGAGUUUUAGUUAUACGGGAAACAAGGAUUGGGGUCGGGCCUG